CCACAACACGAGAGGCGUUCUGCGAGUAAAUCCACGGGAACGCACAUCACGCCCCCCGAGCUCGGAGUACCUCGUGCGCGUGUGUGUGAGAAUCGGAGCCUGGCGAAGAUCCACGCGAGGCGACAACGUCCACGACUCAGGCCACAAUGAUGAAGACGACAAGCCCCAAACCGCGCGGCAUCGUCCGGGAAGCCAGCCACCAGAUUAUCGCCGGCGGCUCCGCAGGUCUGGUGGAGAUCUGCUUGAUGCAUCCUCUCGACGUGGUGAAGACGAGGUUCCAGAUCCAGAGGGGAACCAGCGACCCCAACAGCUACAAGAGCCUGGGCGACUGCUUUCGCACCAUUUUCCGCAACGAAGGAAUCUUCGGCUUCUACAAGGGAAUUUUGCCGCCCAUCCUGGCCGAGACGCCCAAGAGGGCCGUCAAGUUUUUCACCUUCGAGCAGUACAAGAAGCUCCUGAAUUUGACCCCUUUGUCUCCGGGCCUGGCGCUGUCGGCAGCAGGACUCGGCGCAGGCUUGACCGAGGCCGUCGUGGUCAAUCCGUUCGAGGUGGUCAAAGUCAGUCUCCAGGCCAACAGGGACUCCUUCAAACAGCAACCGUCCUCGUUCGCUCAGGCGAGACGCAUCAUCGGGACGGACGGCUUCGGACUGAAGGGUCUGAACAAGGGGCUGACGUCCACCCUGGGACGCCACGGAGUCUUCAACAUGAUCUACUUCGGCUUCUACUUCAACGUCAAGGAUGCUAUCCCCGCUAGCCCGGGGUCGCCACAGCGCGUCAUCCUUUUCCAUGUAGGCCUAUCUCCUGCAUCCUCCUCUGGAACACCAACUGCCCUCAUGUCUUCCCUCACGACGUCCAUCAACCUUCUCUUUGGUCUUCCUCUCGCUCUCUUGCCUGGCAGCUCCAUCCUCAUCGUCCUUCUACCAAUAUACUCACUAUUUCUCCUCUGGACGUGCCCAAACCAUCGAAGUCUGCUCUCUCUAACUUGGUCGCCAAAACAUCGAACCUCGGCUGUCCCCCUGAUGAGCUCAUUUCUAAUUUUAUCCAACCUGGUCACUCCGAGAGCGAACCUCAACAUCUUCAUUUCCGCCACCUCCAACUCUGCUUCCUGUUGUCUCUUCCGUGCCACUGUCUCUAAUCCGUCCAUCAUGGCUGGCCUCACCACUGUUUUAUGAACUUUGCCCUUCAUCCUAGCAGAGACUCUUCUGUCCCAUAACACACCUGACACCUUCCUCCACCCGUUCCUACCUGCUUGGACCCGUUGCUUCACUUCCUGACCACACUCACCAUUGCUCUGGACGGUUGACCCCAAGUAUUUCAAGUCCUCCACCCUUGCUAUCUCUUCUCCCUGUAGCCUCACGCUUCCCCCACCACCCCUCUCAGUCAUGCACAUAUAUUCUGUUUUACUUCGGCUAAUCUUCAUUCCUCUGCUUUCCAGUGCAUGCCUCCAUCUUUCAAACUGUUCCUCCACCUACUCCCUGCUUUCACUGCAGAUCACAAUGUCAUCUGCAAACAUCAUGGUCCAAAGGGAUUCCAGUCUAACCUCAUCUCUCAGCCUAUCCAUCACCACUGCAAACAGGAACAGGCUCAGGGCUGAUCCCUGAUGCAGUCCCGCCUCCACCUACGCGCUAGAAUUCUAUUGAACAAACUCCACAGCCACCUCUCCUAGAUGCUUCCAUACCUCCACAGGAAUGUCAUCAGUCUUUCCAUUUUUCAUCCUCUUUAAUGCCUUUCUAACUUCACCCUUACUAAUCAUUGCCACUUCCUGGUCCACCACACUUGCCUCUUCGACUCUCCCUUCUCUCUCAUUUUCCUCAUUCAUCAACUCCUCGAAGUAUUCUUUCCAUCUAUGUUGCACACUACUGGCACCAGUCAACAUAUUUCCAUCUCUAUCCUUAAUCACCCUAACCUGCUGCACAUCCUUCCCAUCUCUAUCCCUCUGUCUGGC